CUUAGUCCGAUCUGAAAUGGGUUUGCAUGUGAUUCUUUUCUUGUUGUGUGAUUUAAUUGGUGUUUUUCCUUUCUUGAUAUGGUUAAUAAGAUUUAUAAUCAAAAUUAAAUAGGAAUAACUUUUCUAGUUUUAAGUCAAAGUAAAUUUGCAGUAUUAAUAGGGAUAACUUUUUAGUAGUCUGCUUUCCCUGAUGCAUAAAAGCAUACGAGAGAGUUUUGCCCAGCAUAAGUAAAGUGUAUUGUUGUUUCCUGCCGAAUAAGAGCCCCUAAUCGAGAAUCAGAAAGAGAGACAGUCAAAAUUUUCUCCCCUCAACAUAAACCCUAUCUAAAUCAGCCGACGGACGGUAUGAGUCGAUCAGUUGACGACAUCGGAACCAAGCCUGAUCCGUCAAAGAAGCCUGUCUUCCUUACUAAAGCACAGCGAGAGGAGUUAGCCCUUAAGCGCCGCCACGAAGAAAUUGCCGAGCAGAAACGGCGGGCCGAACAGCUUCUCCAAGAACAAGGUAACGACCGCCCUUCCUCCACCGACAACAAUCAUGACCGGGAUCCUCGUGAGAGAGAUAGGGAUAGGGAUAGGGAUAGGGAUAGGGAUCGGGAUAGGGGGGACCACCAUCGCUCCAGAGACCGCGAUAGAGAAAGGGAGUCAAGGGACCGUGAUAGGGAGGCGGAACGCCGGAAGCGGGAGAGGGAGCGUGACGAAGAGCUAAAAGAACGAGAGCGAGCUCGAUUGGAGAAACUCGCCGAGCGAGAACGAGAGAAGGAGCUUGAUGCUAUUAAAGAGCAGUAUCUGGGCUCCAAAAAACCUAAGAAGCGGGUGAUUAAGCCCAGUGAGAAAUUCCGAUUCUCCUUCGACUGGGAGAACACGGAGGACACAUCACGUGACAUGAAUGCUCUCUACCAAAACCCUCAUGAAGCCCGCUUACUCUUUGGUCGCGGAUUUCGUGCUGGAAUGGAUAGAAGGGAGCAGAAGAAGCUUGCUGCUAAGAAUGAACGGGAGCUCCGUGAGGAGAUUCGUAAGAAGGACGGAAUUGAGGAGUCUGCUAUUGAAGCAGCUGCUUUAAAGAAGAAGGAACUAGAUGCUGAUAUGUAUGAUACUUUCGACAUGAGGGUUGAUCGCCAUUGGUCGGAUAAGAAGCUGGAGGAAAUGACCGAGAGAGAUUGGAGAAUAUUCAGGGAGGAUCAUAAUAUAUCCUAUAAGGGGUCGAGGAUACCCCGUCCCAUGAGGAAUUGGGCUGAGAGCAAGUUAACUACCGAGUUGCUCAAGGCCGUUGAGAGG